UGCACAUGAAGGAAUUUCACACAAUACUACCAGUAAUUUCCCUGGCAGUAUUCACAAUCUGGAGCGAUCAAAUCUACGAGUGAAAGCUCUUGUUUGCCGAGUGCAUACUGCAUUUUAGAGCAGAUAACAUUUAUUUUGUAUGACUAAAAAGGCAUAAAAAACCCUAAUGAAAUUUGCACAUAUUAUGUUAGUGUCAGCAGAAAAAGAAGAAGUUCAUUCUUGGUUCAGUUUCAGAAGCAUCUUUUUUUUUCCAAAUAAUACAGCACACUGAAUCAUAAUGUGCCUGUAAAAAGUCAAAUUUGAAUCCAUUAAGGAGUUGCUCACUAGAAGCUGGAUGUGCUCUAAAGCACAUUAAAUUUCAUUCUACUGAAGGAACAAAAUACGGUUCAGGAAAAAAAGAGUCAUAACACAAGUCUGGAAUUUCUUAAAUUAAUUAUACCUAAUUUAAUGUGAAUCAUACUUGAUGUAAUAAAAUGAUAGCCAGAAGAAAAAUGUUAACAAAUAACAUUGUGAAGAAUGUACUACUCCACAUCUAUAAUCAAUAGAAUUAAUGCUAGAAAAUGUAAAAGAUAAUUAAAAAUAGGAAGUUAUAAUAACCCCAAGGAAUUUUGAUCAUAUGAAUGCUGAAAAAAAAAGCAAUUAAAAGGGGCAAAAUAAUAAUAAUGUUGUGUCUAAAUAGCCAAGUUAUGUUUUAGAAAUGCUUUGGCUCACUGUAGCUACAGAAGUACGAACAUUGCAUGAGCAAGCAGGAUUUUCUCUUUGCUCUUUAGCGGCUUACAUUUAGUGCACAGAUGUCUUCUGUCUCAAUUCUGUUUAAUCCAAUCAACUCACCUCACCCCAUCCUGUCCUGCACUUACCCGUUAGAAUGUUUUUUGGGGUGAAAACCAGCUGCUUCCUCCUUCUAAAGCUGGCAUAUGGAAUAUAGCAAGAUCACUUCCUCUCACUCAUCAUGUGUCCAUGGCUCUCAAGGUCAAAAUUGCUGAAACCAAGGUUGUUCUGGUGAACCUGUUGAUAUGCAUAAUAAUUUUCUACACUGUGUACUAUGUGGUCCUCUCUGUGUGCUUUGCAGUAUUCAGGAUUAAAAUGUUGGAUGGUUUGGCACCUUUUGAUUUUAAAACAAAUCCCUCAUGGAUUAACCCAUAUUAUUUAGUUCUUGUGAUAUCCUUGGAAAUAACUUUCUUUCUUUGUGGUCUGCUGUUUGCUUUGGUUGUGGAAGAAUGGGUUUGGGACUAUGCUGUAACAGUUACUAUUAUUCAUAUCAUCAUAACUUCGGCUGUUAUGUCUGAAUUCCCCCUGAUGUUACACUGGUGGCUGGCAUUAGGUUCUGGAGUAAUUUCAAUGAUUUGUGGAGGACAGAUUUUGGCAUAUUGCUUGUUCAAAGACAACUUCAUUUACCCAAUUCUAGAUGACUUUUGA